GCUUCGACUUACUUCACUUGACUUCAAAGAAGACUCUGCAGUACACACCGAACGCUAGCCGAAUAUCUGUUGAUAGUCUGGCCGUGUUGUGACAAGGAGUUAGCAUGCAGGCCUCACUUCAGAAGAUCCUCGUGGUAGGCGGGAAUGGCUUCGUAGGUUCCGCGGUAUGCAAGGCUGCACUUGCGCGAGGAAUACAAGUGACUAGCAUUAGCCAGUCAGGCACGCCGUAUAGGACGCAGAAGGGACAUUCGCCUGCUUGGACAUCCAAAGUUGACUGGCAAGCUGGAGACGCACUGCAGCCGGAGACCUACACCUACCUUCUCCCCGGUGUGACCGCAGUCGUCCACACGCUUGGGACACUCCUGGAGAACACCCGAUACAAGGCUGCGCUGAAGGAGGGGGACCUUCCCUCUCUUCUGAAGCUCGCCGCGUCGAAUGCGUUUGGGACGGGUUCGGCCAGCGACCCGCUCGCUGAGCCCGAAGCAAAGCCAGGAAGCUAUGAGACGCUCAACCGGGACGCGGCGCUACGGGUGUGCGAGGCUUUCGUGACGAGUCAGCCUACUGUCUCGACUGAGAAACCCCGUCCAUUUGUAUUCGUCUCAGCGGAAGACAUCUUCCGUCCGUUUAUUCCCGCUCGUUACAUUGAGACGAAACGCGAGGCGGAGAUUGAGAUCGGUCAGAUGAUAUCAGACAAGGCAGACUACCGAGCAGUGUAUAUGAGACCCAGCUUGAUCUACCAUCCUCACUUCCGUCCACUCACAUCGCCGGUGGCUGCACUGCUCGAUCUAUCUGCGACACUCCAUUCAAAGGUGCCCUACGGCAUCCCCACACCGUCGGGAGUUUUGCGUACUCUUGCGUCGACGAUGACCUCAGGGCAACUGUACAGUUCAUUCGUGGCACCAUCGCCAUUAGCUUCAGUUGCGAACGCCUUGACAAUUCCUCCUAUUCAUGUGGACCAUGUCGCGGAAGCGAUUUGCAUUGCAGUAGAUAGUGAGCGUACUGAUGUUAGGGGUGUUUAUGGGGUUAGAGAGAUGAGGGAGCUAAUCGGGUGGUCGCAGAAGGGUCAACAGCCAUCCGAGUUGACUGUGCAUGCCUGA